CAUUGUUUUGGUUUGGGUAUACAAGUUGCAGUGUAGCAGUACUCCUUUUAUGGGCUCUAUAAAUUCGGCCAACAAAGCUCAGAUUCGUUGCGUCCUUGCUUAGAAGAAAGAGGCAAGUCUCUCACAGUAGUAUUCAUAAGCAUCUUGACUUUGAGACUCUCUCAGGUUUCAAGGUUUUUGCUCAUGAAGAUCUGGGCCAUGUUUCGUCUUCUUGCUGCCUUUCUUCUUUUAUCGACGACCUUUUCAGCACCUGCAAAUACAAACUUAGAAGGGGAUGCUCUUUACGCGUUGAGGAGAGCUGUGAAGGAUCCAAAUGGUGUUCUUGAGAGCUGGGAUCCGACCUUAGUGGAUCCCUGCACUUGGUUCCACGUUACAUGCGACACUGAUAAUCGGGUUACCCGACUUGACCUCGGAAAUGCAAAGCUGUCGGGCAGUCUGGUCCCCGAGCUGGGGAAGCUCGAGCGUCUUCAGUAUCUGGAACUGUACAUGAACAACUUGGUGGGUCCCGUACCGGAGGAACUCGGAGGAUUGAAGAGCCUUCUUAGCUUGGAUCUUUAUCACAAUAACCUCACCGGAUCCAUCCCUUCCUCACUCUCUAAGCUCUCCAAUCUUAAAUUCCUGCGAUUGAACAGCAAUAACCUGACUGGAAGAAUACCAAGGGAACUUACCAAACUUGGAAACCUCAAGAUUUUUGACGUGUCAAACAACGAUUUGUGUGGUACAUUUCCAACCUCGGGCUCGUUUUCUAAGUUGUCGGAGGAAAGUUUCAAGAAUAACCCUAGACUCGAAGGACCAGAACUGAUGGGAUUUGUGAGAUAUGAUGUGGGAGGAAGCUGCUAAUGAUGUAUCAAUAGGCAAUAAUGUGUUGCCAGUUCCUUGUGUCUUAAUGCCUCUUUGUAUGAAAGAGCCUUAUGCAUGGUUCACUAAUAUAAUUAUUACUUAGUGUUAAUUACUAAAUACCAAGAAACCUCCUUAUAUAUAUAUUUAGUAUAGGGAUUUUCAUCUCCAUAUUUAAGAUUCAAGUUUCAACCA